AUGCAUGAUAUUAGGAUAGGAGGAAGAUAUCGAAUUGGUAAAAAAAUUGGAAGUGGAUCAUUUGGGGAAAUUUUCUUGGGAAUUGAAAUUCAAACAAAUGAAGAAGUUGCGAUCAAACUAGAAAACAUUAACACAAGGCACCCUCAAUUGAUUUAUGAAAGCAAGCUUAUAAAGCUCUUACAAGGAGGUCCUGGAUUGCCAGGUGUUUUAUGGUAUGGAGUUGAAGGGAAUUUUAAUGUAAUGGUGAUGGAUCUUCUAGGUCCUAGUUUAGAAGAUCUUUUUAGCCUUUGCAGCAGAAGAUUUAGCUUAAAAACAGUUCUUAUGUUAGCGGAUCAAUUGAUUUGUCGUGUGGAGUAUGUUCAUUCAAAAAGCUUUAUCCACAGAGAUAUAAAGCCUGAUAAUUUUCUAAUUGGGCUUGGAAAAAGAAGCAGCAUUGUUCAUAUCAUUGAUUUUGGUCUAGCUAAAAAGUACAGAGACUUUAAGACACUUAAGCAUAUCCCUUAUGUUGAAGGCAAAAGUUUAACAGGCACUGCAAGAUAUGCAUCAAUUAAUGCUCAUGUAGGAAUCGAGCAAAGUAGAAGAGACGAUUUAGAAGCAAUUGGAUACGUUCUAAUGUAUUUCCUCAGAGGCUCAUUGCCAUGACAAGGAAUUUCAGCUCACGGUAAACAAGAAAAAUACCAAAAAAUAAAGGAAUCAAAAAUGAGCACUCCUGUGGAUACAUUAUGUGAAGGGUAUCCUAGAGGUAAAAUAUUUUAUUUUUUUAAAAAAUAAAUAUUUAAUAAAAAAAUAAAAAAUAAAUAAAAAAACCUAGAGAGUUCUCAAUUUACAUUAAUUAUUGCAGAAAUUUGCAAUUUGAAGACGCUCCUGAUUAUGCCUAUUUGAGAAGGCUAUUUCGGGAUUUAUUUUUACAAGAAGGAUAUGAAUACGAUUAUAUGUUUGAUUGGAAUGCAAUUAACGCUGUGCAAAAAACUCCGAGAAGAACACCGCAAAAUGAAGAAACAAAGCAUAAUCUUGUCAAUAAUAGAGCACAGACAUUCGGAAAAGCUGAGCUUGAUAAGCAUGAGCAAAAGCCAAUAGAUAGAUCAAAAACUGCAGAUAACAAAGCACAAGAAAAAAAGAAAACUAAAUGUGCUAUAUAGCUCAGGGGCUCUUUGGAUCGCCCUGCAUAUAAAAUGGCCCUGUCAAGACUCGGACAAUAUAAGCUGCUAAGAAACUCCUCCAGUUGGAAAGUGACAUUUAUGCUUUUACUUGCCAACUAUUGGAGUUGGCUUGAUAAUUGAUAUUGCCCGAGCUAAAUCCACCAGCUUAACAGGCCUUUUUUAUAGCCAGGGAAAUCCAUAAAAUACCCUGGGCUAUAUUUUAA